AUGAAGAAUACGCUUGGCAACAAGGCACCGCCAGUGCCAAUAAGUGUGAAUGUGCCGAAACAGCGACGCACCUUUUGCAAGAAGUGCAAGUGCCACAAGCCACACAAGGUGGCACAAUACAAGAAGUCGAAGAAGCGUAAAGGUGCUCAGGGCAGACGUCGUUACGACAGAAAACAACAAGGUUUCGGUGGUCAAACCAAGCCUAUCUUCAGAAAGAAGGCUAAGACCACCAAAAAGAUUGAAAACAAGUAA